UAUUCCUACAAGAGAUAUGGCCAGUUUUAGCCAAACAGAGCAUAAGCAUGACUCGUCUCUCUACUCCCACUUCUACUCUGACUCUGCCAUUCAAAUAUAGAAUCGAUUCUCGUCCUUCGCAAUCAAAUCUUAUUUUCUCAUCCGCACGACCAAAACUCAACAUCAUAUUACCAUCAUCCGUAUCUAAUUCUGAGAAAUGGAGGAACAUGGUUUCAUUCUUCCAAGGUUAUCUCAAUGGAGGCAAAAACAAUUAUGUUCAGAGCCUCAAAGUGGAGCUCUAUGAAACUAUUGAACCACUUGACCGAGGUGCUGAAGCUACUUCUGAGGACCAACAACGUGUGGACAAGAUUGCUUGUAAACUUGAGGCUAUGAAUUCUGUUAAGGAGCCUCUCAACUCUGAUUUGCUCAAUGGAAAAUGGGAGCUUUUAUAUACAACAUCUCAAUCAAUUUUGCAAACAAAGAGACCAAAAUUCUUGCGACCAAAUGGAAAGAUCUAUCAGGCAAUUAAUGUAGAUACCUUGAGAGCUCAAAAUAUAGAAACUUGGCCGUUCUACAACCAGGCCACUGCCAAUUUAGUGCCACUUAACUCAAGAAGGGUGACUGUCAAGUUUGAUUUCUUCAAGAUUGCUAGUUUGAUACCUAUAAAAUCACCUGGCACUGGUCGUGGCCAAUUGGAAAUUACUUAUUUGGAUGAAGAUUUAAGAAUAUCAAGAGGUAAUAGAGGCAACCUAUUCAUCUUGAAAAUGGUAGAUCCAUCCUAUAGAGUUCCACUUUGAUGUAAGUGCUCCAAGAAUUGCUGGUAGUGGCCUAGUUGGUACCUUCAAAACUUUGCAGCAUGAAUUUAUGCUACCAAAGUUCAAGUCAAGAAAUGGUUCACUUUGUCUGUCUAUUAUUUCUAUCCUUUUAUGCUUCUUUCUGUUUUACAAGUAUUUAACUUCAAUUAUAUCCAGUUAAUUUCUACCCUUCUAUGCAUCAUCUAUUAUCGCCUUUGACGGUGUAAUCGAUCACGCAACCUUCUAUUCGUGCAACUAUCAUUGUAUGUAGCCACUGCUGAGCCAUCUGAUACAGUUCAACCUUCCCAGCACUCUUGAUCAGUAAAGGUGUAAUCCAUGGAUGGAUAGUGGGGUGCAAAAUGUUCUAGAAAUUCUCCAUAACAGUUUUGUGUAGCAAAAUGAAUAAAUUAUUUAUAAUAGUAAGGAUUAAUGAGCCAACAAUUAAAAUAUUUAAUCUAAAUUCACUUGUAGUUGCAGGAGGGUCAGUUUUGGUUCUAUGCAACCGAUGUCAAGACUUUGUUUUUUGAAUAGGUCUAUUCAAGAUGUAUACUUCUGAAACUCACA